AGUCUUCAGGCCGGCCGGCAACAUGGCGGAGGCGGAAGGGGAAAGCUUGGAGUCCUGGCUGAAUAAAGCCACCAACCCCCUGAAUAGACAAGAGGACUGGGAGUAUAUAAUUGGCUUCUGUGAUCAGAUCAACAAAGAACUGGAAGGUCCACAGAUAGCAGUGAGAUUGCUGGCACAUAAAAUCCAGUCCCCACAGGAAUGGGAGGCCGUCCAGGCUCUGACGGUGCUGGAAGCUUGUAUGAAGAACUGUGGGCGACGCUUUCAUAACGAAGUAGGAAAGUUUCGUUUUUUAAAUGAGCUAAUUAAAGUUGUGUCUCCCAAGUACCUGGGAGACAGAGUGUCGGAGAAGGUCAAAACCAAAAUAAUUGAGCUGCUCUACAGCUGGACAGUGGCCUUGCCAGAUGAGUCCAAAAUCAAAGAUGCCUACUACAUGUUGAAAAGACAAGGCAUUGUUCUCUCUGACCCUGUAAUUCCUGUGGAGAGGACCCUGAUCCCCUCUCCUCCACCUCGUCCCAAAAACCCUGUGUUUGAUGAUGAGGAGAAAUCCAAGCUUUUAGCUAAAUUAUUAAAAAGCAAAAAUCCAGAUGAUUUGCAAGAGGCAAACAAGCUGAUUAAAUCUAUGGUGAAAGAGGAUGAGGCACGGAUACAAAAAGUAACAAAGCGCCUGCAUACCCUGGAAGAGGUAAACAACAAUGUGAAAUUGUUGAAUGAGAUGUUGGUUCACUACAGCAAAGAAGAUUCUUCAGAUGCUGAUAAAGAGCUCAUGAAGGAGCUUUAUGAGAGAUGUGAAACGAAGAGGAGGACACUGUUCAAGCUGGCCAGCGAGACGGAGGAUAAUGACAGCACUUUGGGAGAUAUCCUGCAGGCCAGUGACAACUUAUCACGGGUAAUAAAUUCUUACAAAAGAAUUAUUGAAGGACAAGUCAUCAAUGGUGAAGUGGAUAUUUCCGUGCUGCCUACAACAACUGGAAGUGAAUCUGUCAAUAACAUUAGUACACUCAUUGAUUUGGCCGGAUUGGACAUUUCCAGUACACCCCCACCGCCAAUGCCUCCGACAGCACUGACACCAGCACCGACACCAGCGCCGGCUCCAGCGCUAGCCUCGUCGGAAAUCCCCAUCCUCCCUCCACCGCCUCAGGCACUCGGUCACUCCCGAAGCCAUUCAUCCAGCCAGGCAGACGCCACUGCAGCUCCGCUGGCCAGCACGGCCAAUCCCCUCUCCUUGCUCGAUGAGGAGCUGCUGUGCUUAGGCCUGAAUGACCCACCUCCAACUGCAGCAAAAGAAUCAGCUGAGAGCAGCCAAUGGAACAUGUUCCAGAAUGAGCCAGGAGAUCUGGACUUCUUGAAUCCAAAACCAGUUGCCAUGGCCUGCAACUCGGCAGUGAACCCUAAUCUUUCAGCUGUGUCGCAGCCUGCAUGUGGAACAUCAGCACCUCUUACUUCCACGUUCACACCCUCUCAGCCUGUCUGCUGUAUCCCUGCCCCUACUGCAUCCCCUUUCAUAUUCUCCACUGGACCACCUCUGGGCCCUCCAAGUACAAUGUCCGUUGCCCCUGGCUAUCUCAGCUCUGCUCUGGGGAGUAAUAGUCUGCACAAGAUGGAUCCAUUAGGACAUCUUCUGGAUGAAAGCAAAGGACCUUCCACUCAAGUCAACACAGCAGCCUCUGUGUUCCACCCGGGAGCUGCGUUGCCGGCUGCUCCUCCCGCACCUCUGGUGGCUGCCUCAGGACUACCUGCAACAGCUCCUGGAGGCCCUUCGGUUCCAUUCCCAGGCAGCUGCACUCCUGGGUCAGGAAGCCCGCUUUUCCAGCCAGCCUCAUUCCAGCAGCAGGGGAGUCCUCUGAAAGGACCGGAGAUCUCCUUGGCCAAUGUUCACGUUCCACUGGAGUCCAUUAAACCCAGCAGUGCUCUCUCCGUGACUGCCUAUGACAAGAACGGUUUGCGCAUCCUGCUGCACUUUGCCAAGGAGUGCCCACCGGGCCGGCCUGAUGUGUUGGUGGUGGUGGUGUCCAUGCUAAACACAGCGCCUCUUCCUAUCAAGAACAUGGUGUUACAAGCUGCAGUGCCAAAGUCCAUGAAAGUGAAGUUGCAGCCGCCUUCAGGGACAGAGCUUGCGCCGUUCAAUCCCAUCCAACCGCCUGCUGCUAUCACCCAAGUCAUGCUGCUGGCAAAUCCUAGAAAGGAGAAAGUGAGGCUGAGGUAUCGACUGACUUUUGCAUUAGGAGACCAGCCCAGCACAGAAGUGGGGGAGGUAGAUCAGUUUCCUCCUGUGGAACAGUGGGGGAACCUAUGACCCUGAGGCUUUCCAAAGGAUUGGAAUGAAUGUGAAGUGGAAAGGCUACAUGCGGUAUCCGUUGGUGAUAUUUAGCUUUCUGUACAUGUUCUGUCCACUCCACUUGUUGCUUUAGUCCAGACUGCUUCCUGCACUCUGGAGAAAAGUAGUCCAGGGCAUGAACUUGUGUUGGCAACUAGGAACAGAGGCCUGGCUGGCUUCUUUACUUUGGCCAAUCCAGUUCUACCUUCCACUUUGUUAAACUUGAAAUAGGAUCGUUCUGGAGAGCUCAGUAAGCGGAAAGGGAGUGCACUGGUGCUCUUAGCAUUGGUCUGUUGUCUGCAAAGGGCCAUGAUGCCUUCCUAAGUUCCUUUGGGGCUGAGCCCUAACAGAUGUUCCUGUGCUCUCUUUUUACCUCCUUGGUGCCAGAACUAGGACAACCUGUGGGCUUGCAGAGCAACAACACGGGAUCCAAAAGAGGAGGUUUCUGCCAUCACCCAACACCCCACUUUCUUUUUUGGGUAACACUUACCUUAAAUGCUAGCACAGCACAUACAGGUGAAUAAGAGCUGGAUAUUUCUCACUCGUCAUAUGAGAACAUUAACAAACACAGAGCUCUGCAAUUGCCACCUCUGAUUAUAUUUCCAGCCGACUCUCUAAGGUGUGCUUCCCAGGCAAUGAAUUGGGUUUGUAUGCCCACGGCUGUGCAGCAGUUUUGCCUCUGCAUUCGACAAUUGUAUUCUGUUGAGAGGUAAAACUAAUCUAGAGUCACAGCCAUUGCUCAAGCGGGGGAGGAUGGUGGAAAUGAUUGAGGAAGGGCAUCCACUGUCAGUGCAACUGUUAAUCAGGGUCAGUGUUAGGAAGUGGUGCAGCGAAGGCCUCGAGUCUUCUUUUGAAGGCAGUAUUAUUAGUUAGGAAUAUUCAGUGUACAUAGAGCUAUAGGAAAAUGUCAGACCUGCAGAUGAAGGGAAGGAGAAGCCAUGGCAAUGCAUGUGCGGACUGAUUAUAAUCUAUUUUAUUCAUUCCAAAUAUUAAGUGGCUAAGUGCAAUUGUCCCCAGGAGAUAUCCCUGUGUUGAGACAGACAAAACUUUCUAAAUAUUAAUGGUAUUUAUAAUUAGGCACAAAAGCCAUAACACGAGUAUUGCUGCUUUGGACCAAGAAGUAGCUUCCUUUUAUCCAACAUGUUUUUUGAUCUAAAUAUUUUCAAAAAUCUGAAUUUGUCUUUAUGACAUGCAUAUACUCUCGUCAUGAACUGAUCGUUUUGCUUGGUUAUAGAGAAGGCACUUUGGACAUACAGUAGGCUUAAGAAUCACUAGAAGCGUAGUUUUCAGUACUUGCUACACUGUGCACCUGAAGACAGAAACUUGGCUGAAGCCAAGUUAAUGAGUUUUUCACAACUCCAUCUUACAGAGGUAUUUCUGGCCACCCUAUAUUUAAACGUCUUCCAUGUUAACAUCAUGGAGCAGGCAGGUGUCUCCUUCAAUGGCUUGUGUUCUUACCAGGUUUGGGUUUUCUAGCAGGAGAGAGCAAACAGCACAUCAGCAGCAUUUGGAAGAGUCAGACUUGCGUAGACAGUUGCCCUCUGUGCAGAGGCAGACACAACCCUGAUGAGCGAAAGGCAAGCUAUGAGGCUGAGUGGUAGACUGCAUUCGCUGACAGGAACAGAAUUGCAUUUCUUCUGUCUCUUGAUUCGGCCGUCAUGAGUAUUUCAGUCUCUCCGCUAUCAAGUUUUGCUUAGCUUACCGAAGUCUGCCCUGUGCCAUAGCCUAUCCAUCAAGAGCAGGUUUAAUUGCCUAGCUGCAAGUCAUUCUCUGACUGAGGAAACCAGAAAAAAGCACAAAUGCUUUCUGCCGAAUGGCUUUCUGUGUCAGCCGUGCUGCCAUGCCCAUACUGUAUAAUCCAGCAGACAGAUUCCAUAGUCUCACUGUGUGGAAAUGUACUGUUACAAGCUUCAGAAAUUAUUUAUGAAUGUUACUCGUCCAGAAGCUGAAGUUGCAGCUUCCUACCAAACACUCAAGACUGUAAAUAUGUCUCAGAAGCAUUCGUUUUUCUGCACGUUCAAUAAAAUUGCUUUCUCUACUCUA